ACCGGCACAGCAACACAGCUGUUUAGACAGACACACACGUUAUCUGCCACUUACAAAACCUUGCCUAGUUGCUUUUUUAAUUUUAAAUUUUUUUUUUUUACCGAACAAAUCAGAACACAUCAUACGCCAUUUUUCUAACCAGUGAUGGAGGAGGCCGUGCAGAGGGCAGCCAUUAUGGACGACAAGAAGGCGGCGAUGGACAAGAAAGCUGAGGUGGAGGAGAGAGUGAGAAAACUCUCCUCAGAUCUUCGUCGGGAGACCGUGGACCUGGAGGGAGCGGAAAAUAUCACAGAACUACACAGAAGGAGGAAUACUUUCAAAAAGUCCUCAUCCAGGGGGUCUGCGGAGGGGCCUGCGUUAGGGCCCGUCAGUGGUGCCACUGAAUUCAUGAAUGCAGCCACACAGGGUCGACUGAGUGUGGUGGAGAAGUAUCUGGCUGACGGUGGGAACCCCAAUGUCUAUGAUGAGUUCAGGAGAACUGCGCUGCAUCAUGCCUCUUUCGACGGACACACUGCCGUUGUCAGUAAGCUGCUGGAAAAAGGAGCUGAUAUCCACUUCAAAGAUCGGCUGGACUCCAGAGCCAUACACUGGGCCUGCAGAGGAGGGAGGCUGCAAGUUGUCAAAACCCUGAAGAGCCAUGGGGCUGACUUGAAUGUUAGGGAUAAGUUACAUAGCACUCCUCUGCAUGUGGCCACAAGGACAGGCCAUGCUGACAUCGCAGAAUAUUUGCUGUCGUGUGGUGUGAAAAUCAACUGCAGGGACAGGGAAGGGGACACGGCCCUGCAUGACGCGGUGCGUCUCAACAGAUACAAGAUCGUGAAGCUGCUCAUAGUUGCGGGCGCCGACACGAAAAUCAAAAACCAUCAGGACAUGAUGGCGGUGGAGCAAGUGAAACAGUGGCAGUUUGACACCAUGGAGACCUUCGAGAAGCUGGAGCAGCUGAAAGAGGUGGGACUGCUGCCACUCGAAAACGCCGCCAUUGGAGAGGAAUGA